GCCCAGCUGAGCGAGCAGCUGUUCAAUGGAAAACAGCUGAGCGCAACUUUGCCAAGCAACGUGUGUUUUUUGCAAAAAAUUAAAAAUUGAAAUUUUGGCAAUCCGACAGAUAUCAGAUACUAGUAGGUCUAGAAAGAAAUGGGUGAUGUUACAGGUCUGAGCAAUGCAGAAGCCGACGAGCUAUGCAAAAAACCGGAUGCUGAAACCAAGGACUUUCUGUUCCAACAAACCAUGUACCGCAUCAAGGAUCCUCGCAAAUCGCUGCCUUUCUAUACGGGUGUUUUGGGCAUGACCCUGCUGGUGAAAUUGGACUUUCCAGAGGCAAAGUUUUCCCUAUACUUCAUGGGCUAUGAAAACCCUGCCGAUAUACCCAAAGAUCCCAAAGAGCGACGAAGCUGGGCAAUGAGUCGCAAGGCCACCAUUGAAUUGACGCACAACUGGGGCACUGAAUACGAUCCAGAUCAAAGCUAUCACACGGGCAAUAGCGAACCUCGCGGCUAUGGCCACAUCGGACUGUUGGUACCAGAUGUCUAUGCUGCCUGCAAACGGUUCCAGGAGCAGGGCGUGGAGUUCGUCAAGAAGCCCGACGAUGGCCGCAUGAAGGGCCUGGCUUUCAUCAAAGACCCGGAUGGCUACUGGAUUGAGAUUUUCAAUGCCAACACCGUUCCGAACUGCCUAUUGGCCGAGUUGUACGAGAGGCGCCAGCAGCUGAUCUACCCCAUGCGGAUGCCCAACAGCUCUAGACGAGGACACAACAUCGAGAAGCCAAAGAAACCUGUUAAGGUCCAGCUGAUCAAUCUCAAGACAUAUUUAUAUUUGAAUCUAAAUUUGAAUAAAAUCCAACAAAUCGAAAGCGCAUCUUUCAGAAUGAAAUCGGCGACUUCGAAAGUGGUAACCGCCUCGGAUGUGUCGGUUGUCGUGAUGGCCAUCGUAGCGGGCGUUUACUGUGGCGUCUUUGGCUUGCGUGCCACACAGGAGCUGAACACACGACUAGAAAGGGUAAAGCCAACCGCAGAAUGGCCAAAGAAGUGUCCAGAACUCUUUCCAAUUCACUUGCAGAUCGACAGCACGCUCAGUCCAUACAACAAUUUCAAGAGGGAUCGCUGGCGUGCCUACGGAAUGGCCAGCAUUUCGCUUGUGGUCAUUGGCAUACUCCUCGGCCUCGAUGUGCAGACGUGGGUGCGCAUGGCGCAGAAGAUGAACAUCAACAAAUCUGAUACUGAGCUCAACAUACAGUGGUACAUACCCUUCUACAGCCUCUAUUUCAUAUUGACCGGACUGCACAUCAAUUUCGCGAACACAGCUUACGGGCUGGGCAGACGCUAUGGACGUCUCAAUCUGAUGCUGAGAACAAGUUAUCUGGGUGAAAACAACUAUCCCAAUACAACCAAUCUGGUAAAGGUGAGUGCUGUUAAGUCGAUUAGCUUCAAGCCGAUGAUGCCCAUGGCCUUGCACGCCAGCUUAACCAAGUUGAAUCCCGAGUCGUUACCUAAUGAAUCUAUGGCUAAAAGCAAGAGUCAACUUAUCACAUCCAUGGCCGAUAAUCACGAGUCGUUAGGCAAAUGCGUACGUUUGCUCUCCAGCUCCUAUGGAAUGGCCGUGCUUUUCAUACUUGUCUCCUGUUUGCUUCACUUGGUUGCAACUGCGUAUUUUCUUUUCUUGGAAAUGUUCAAUAAACAGGAUAACGCCUAUGUUUGGGUGCAAAUGCUAUGGAUCAUCUUUCACUUUUUGCGCCUGCUAAUGGUCGUGGAGCCUUGUCACCUAGCAGCCCGCGAGUCACGCAAAACCAUUCAAAUUGUCUGCGAAAUUGAGCGCAAAGUCUAUGAGCCCAUUUUGGCCGCAGAGACAAAAAAGUUUUGGCAGCAGUUGCUCGUCGUCGAUGCCGAAUUCUCUGCCAGCGGACUGUGCCGGGUAAAUCGCACCAUCCUGACAUCGUUUGCCUCAGCUAUAGCUACUUAUUUGGUCAUACUAUUUCAAUUUCAAAAGACGAACGGUUGAAGCUUGCCGAGAUUAUUCGAUUGAGCGUGUAUUAUUAGGUAUACAAAAGGUUGCUUUUAUUAACACUAAACGGAAUUCUUAGC